AUGGGAUUCCGUGGGUCCCUUUAUGAGCGGUCUCGAGGAGACGAAGGCCGCGGUCGCUCACAUAGACACCGCAGCAGGUCGCCUCGCGAUGCGAAGUCGCGGCAUUCACGAAGACACGAUCGAUCUAGAUCACCAAGUAUAGAUGGAAGGCACCGAGAUCGCCGUCGAAAACACUCGGUGCACCCAGACGGUCCCAGCGAUGAAGAGGUAUCCAGGAGGCACCGUUCUCGCUCACGUGACCAUCACAAGGAACGGCACAAAUCAUCAGAGCGUAGGCAUUCGGGGCGUGAUGUUCGCGACGAUGCGGCAGCCAAGCGUGGAGAUGGGCCGUAUGAGGAAUCAACCAAGUAUGCCGCAGGGCAGGAUGAUCGCACUCACUCCGAUAGGCAAACGCAACAUACCGUGGAAAGUGCCACUGAGACCAGUGCCCCAAAACAACCACCGGACAAAGAUGCAGCAAAGCUGGAUCGGUUGGCUCGCUUUAAAAAACUGGCGGAGGAAAAGAAAUUACGUGCUUCCGCGACCAACGGCGUCGGAGCUACCAAGAUACUGUCGUUGAAACUUGGUGCAGCCAAAGUUAAGAAAGUGGAAAACAAUGCUCUUGAAAGUUUCUUUCAGGGGCACACCGAGGCGCAGGGGAAAGAAGACGCACAGGAUAGCACGGAAGCCGGCGAUGUUGAUCCUCUGGACUUGUACAUGACGAACAUCCUCAAGGAGAGCGAGGAGGAGUUGAAACAUGUGCAACUUGCACCAAUAUUGGACCCGAACUCCAGCGCAGCGUCAGACGUGGGGAAAUCCGUCACGUUGGAGGAGAUUAUGGCCAUGUCUAACGAACCCGAAGUAGCAGGUGAAGACGGUGAAGAGGAAUUCCUCUCACAGCUGCGACGUAAAACUAGGAGGGAUUCAAAACAGAACGACGGGGACGAUGGUGUAAUAUCCAGCGAUGACGAAAAACCGGAACCAACGCAGGGCGUCGACUACUCCGAAAUGUUCAAGGGCAGCACACGCAGCAGGAUUGAGAUGCCCAAGGUGGACCAUUCUACCAUUGACUACCCUCCUUUCAAGAAGAAUUUCUACGUACAGAUCUCAGCAAUCACUGCGAUGAAGGAGCAUGAGGUUGACGCUUUCAGGAAGGCCAACGGAAAUAUCAGGGUCCGGGGAAAGCAGUGCCCAAGACCUAUUUACAACUUCUCACAGUGCGGGCUGCCUGAUACAAUCCUAGCACUGUUACAACAUCGCAACUACGAAAAGCCGUUUCCUAUUCAGAUGCAAUGCAUACCUGCCCUCAUGUGCGGACGCGACGUCCUAGCAAUAGCAGAGACCGGUUCGGGAAAGACUUUAGCAUACCUACUUCCUGCCAUCCGGCAUGCUCUCUACCAACCCAAGUUGAGAGAAAAUGAUGGUAUGAUUGUGCUCAUUAUCGCACCAACUAGAGAACUUGCCAGUCAAAUCGGAGUGGAGAGUUCGAAACUAUCGAAACUUGUCGGAUUGCGCACCAAGGCGGUUUACGGAGGAGCUCCAAUAGGUGAACAGCUCAAUGCGCUAAAGAGAGGGGCGGAAAUAGUCUGUGGUACACCAGGGAGGCUAAUAGAGGUUCUUACUAUCAGCAACGGAAAGGUCACCAACUUGAGAAGGGUGACAUUCGUAGUCAUCGAUGAGGCCGACCGCAUGUUCGACCUGGGUUUCAGUCCGCAGAUUAGUGCCAUUAUUGACAAUGUACGACCGGACAGACAAACCGCUUUGUUUUCAGCCACCUUCCCUCCGACCAUUGAGGCUCUGGCGAAGAAAAUCCUCACUAAGCCUCUGCAAGUGAUAGUUGGGGAGUCCGGAAAGAGUGCAUCGCAAGUGGACCAACACGUCAUGGUACUCCCAGAGAAUCAGAAAAUCUAUGCGCUGCUCAAGUUACUAGGGGAGUGGCAUGAGCACGGCAGUGUCAUCAUCUUUGUCAAUAGACAGGUUGACGCUGAUAACAUGUUCGCCGAGCUUAUAAAACACGGAUACGAGUGUGCCGUGCUUCAUGGAGGUCAGGACCAGACUGAUAGGGAGUUCACGCUUCAAGACUUCAGAGAUGGGACCAAAGGGAUACUCAUUGCCACAUCUAUCGCAGCAAGGGGAAUUGACGUCAAGUCGGUCGUUCUGGUCAUCAACUACGCAACACCGGAUCAUAUCGAAGACUACGUACACAGGGUUGGCAGAACAGGGCGGGCAGGGAACAUUGGCACAAGCUACACGUUCAUUACGCCUGAGGAAGGUGCAAAGUCGCACGAUAUAAUUAAAGCACUUAAGGCUUCCAACCAAGAGGUGCCCAUGGAUCUGCAGAAUCUUGCUCAGGCACACUUGGCAACGUUGGACGGGAAACACAAGGUGCGCAUCGGGGGCGGAUUCGGUGGCCGAGGGUUCAAGUUUACAGACGCCGAGAAAUCACGGCAGCAGCAGGAGCGACAAUACGCAUGCAAAGCUCUCGGUUUCAAUAACGACAUGGACGAAGAAGAGGAGGCAGCUUUGGCAGAGAAUGCCACCGGCGGCAUAGCAAACGUCAAAACGGCGGCCGGCGGAUUGCAAUCUUCUCUAACACAAUCAGCACAGAAAGAAACGAACCCCUUCGAUAAGCCCACAAUCACGCGCGAACCGGAACCCAUGAUUAAGGGUCUCACAUGUGCAGGAUAUAUCGAUGCCAAUACUGGCUACGCACAUGACGAAUUCGAUAUCAACUCGUUCCCCGAGUUGGUCAGACAUCGUAUCACGAACAAGGAGGUGCUGUCGUAUGUGAUGGAGCAGGCAGGCGUGACGCUACAAGUCAAAGGCCGGUAUAUACCAGUUGAGAUGGCGACACGUAACUUGAACAUGCUGGGCGGCACCAAGGGAUUGUAUAUAGAGAUAUCCGGCCCGAGCGUUGUGAGCGUCCAAUCCGCAUUGAGCGAAUUGAGGAAGAUCGUACAGUCGGCGGCGAUACCGCAAUAUGGUCAGCCUGUGAUGCAGAAGAUGACCGGGAGCGACCUGUAUGGUGACCCUGUGGCCGAAAAACAACCACAAGCGCCUCUGGUGGUUGCCCUUGGACUCAACCAUGCUCUCUGCGUAACCAAGUCGGUGGCUUUAGCGGAGGCAAAUGCAUUCGCAUCCGGCCAUGACACCGUUGUAGAUGCAGAGCUGAAUCUGUAUUCUUGGGGAAAAGGAAAUUUCAACUGUCUUGGACACGGCCUGAAUACCAACCUGGUAAAAAUACCCAAACCUAUACCUUUCUUCAAACAGAAAAACGUGUUGCAAGUAUCAUGCGGCGAUUAUCAUUCGGCAGCUCUCGUGAAACCCCACGGAGCCACGGGGGUCUCAGGCGGUACGGUAUACACGUUCGGCCUAGGCACAGCAGGACGGCUGGGAUACGAUAUCGACAACCAAACACAGCAAUCGCAUAAUGUCCCAAACAACACAACAUCCGAAACAGAAUCAGCGUGGUGCACAGCCGAGCCACAGCCAGUUGGACUAUCUGUGAACCUCAAGCACAACGUUAUUUCGCUUGCAUGCGGGGCCAACCAUACACUAGUGACCACGGUGGAUGGAUCGCUGUUUUCCUGGGGCAUGGGUUCCUUCGGCGUACUAGGAACAGGGGAAUGCCACAACAGCUACACCCCGGUCAAAGUUCGCUUCCCAUAUGAAACAUUCAUGACAAGUUGUGCUGCAGGAUGUCGUCACUCCUUUGGUGUCGACAAUGCGGGCAAACUGUGGGCAUGGGGAUAUGGAGGAAACGGUAGACUUGGAAUAGGCAACACUAGGACGCAAUACACCCCUAAGAUGAUAGGAUCUCUAGAGGAACGCCACGUGAGACAAGCCGCAUGUGGUGACACCCAUUCAGCUUGUAUAGAUAGCGACGGAAAAGUCUAUACGUGGGGCUCUUCAAAAGGCGGUAAGCUUGGGCGCAGAACUUCGGAAGAUGACGUAUUAACACCCACCUUGGUUGAGACCCUUGGUGACACAACAAUAGUUCAGGUUGUCUGUGGCGCAGGCAUUACAUUGGCACUAACUGAAGACGGAUCUAUAUAUCAAUGGGGGCUUGUGUUGGGUUGCGUGUCGACGUCGUCAGCCGAUGUGCCAAAAAUCGCACACGUUCCUCGGAAGGUCACGGAGGCCGGAUCGAAGAACAUAUAUAUCGCAGCAGGACCAUACAGCUGUGCAGCUGUUAACGCAUAUGGCGAUCUACGGACAUGGGGUGUUGGGAGCUGUUUCAGACUGGGACACGGUAAUGUCUCCGAUUUUCAGCGUCCCAAGUUCGUAGCCGAACUCAGGAGUAGGGUUUUUGUGGACCCAAUACUAAUGCAGCGGUCACAAACAGAGCAGGGAAGAGCAGUUGAACCAACUGUGGAAUUUAACGCUGCUAAUGUGGCGGACGAAAGACGAAUCAAACAGCUCUCAGUUGGUACGGCUCACGGGGCGUUGCUCACUUGUAACGGAACUGUAUACACUUGGGGGGCAUGCAAAGGCAGCGGGUUUUCAGAUGAUCCUGAGAACGGCGAGGUAAGAAUUCCAAUGUUGCCAAGGCAAUUCAUUCAGACGUACCACGAACCUAGGCGUCUAAACUAUUUCAGCACGAAAAUCAGAAGUAUCGCAUGCGGAUCUAACCACACGAUAGCGGUCACUAUCGAAGGCCUUGUCUUUUCAUGGGGUCAAAACGACUCGGGGCAGCUUGGGCUAGGAGACCUCAGGCCCAGGGGAUUCCCGGAGCACGUUAUAUCCCUGGAAUAUGCUAUAAAAGCAUUCGCCGGAUUCAACAACAGCUGCUGUGUGACUACAGCAAAACAUGACGGCUUCGCAAGCGAUGAAGUAGGCAUGGCAUGGGUAUUCGGUUCGGCAUAUGGAGGGAAGUUGGGACUCGGAGACGAAUGUACAAAUGCAGUAAUAAUGACUCCACGCAAGAUAACGUAUAUAUCGGGCGUUUACAAAGUGGUUUUAGGCAAUACUCACUCGUUACUCCUGCAGCAUGACGGGACGUUGUACGCUACUGGGUCUGGAGCGGAUGGAAGGUUAGGAACUGGCGACACGGCAGGAGUGAAUGCAUAUACGCGAGUCAAAAGCGACCUUAAGUUCAUAGAUAUGGCUGUGGGCGCUUCGCACUCACUGGCCGUAUCUAUGGAACAUGAUCUCUACGGUUGGGGAAAGGGCACCUACGUCAAUGGAAACGAUGAUCCGCUUUUUGAACCAACAUUAGUUGCCAAUUUGCCUUCGCAAACGGGAAUCGCUAAAGUCCAUACUGUGGCCGCAUCCUCAAAUCACUCCUUCGUCAUCACCGAUCAGGGUCACCUCGUCGCUUGGGGAGAUAACUCUUCAGGGCAACUGGGAGUGCCUAUUACGUCUAAAGAUGUCGCAUCAACGGAUUUCAUCGAACGACCUUCUUUGGUGCUAAUCGAGUCUGCCGUUAUGUCUAUAGCAACGUCGCGGUCGUUCGCUGCUUGUACGACAGUCAACGGAGAUGCGUAUGCCUGGGGUGCAUCAUCUGAUGGCCGCUUGGGAAUCGGGGAAACGCGUGACAAGGUGACUUACAAACCAACAGCUAUUGCCGCCAUGAGCCUCGUUGGUGAUAUGUUGAACAGAUUUGACAACAUGAAUGCGAACGAUGACUUAAGCAUCCGUGACAGCGCUCAGGAUGACCUUGUUAAAUGUUUGAAACAGCAUGUGGACUUCAUACUUGAACUCGACGGGUAUCAUGGUGAAAUGAACGCCCAGCAGGCCAAACUGGAGGCAGCCAUCCAAGGAUUUUUAGGUAGUAUUAAUCGCCCCAAAUCCCGUCCACUGAGCCUGUUUGACCGAUAUUUCAAGUCUUACACGCGAUUUAUAUCGGAGAUACAGCAGAUUGUUCAAAUCGUCUUCCUACAGCCCGCGUAUCUUGUUAGGCUCUGCCUAUUCGGGAACGCAAUUGCAAUCGUUGAAGAUUUUGUCACCUGCCUCUAUGCAAGUAUAGAUACACCGAGGGUGCACAUGCAAUUUGUCGCAUUUUUGUUUACUCUGAUGCGUGAGGAGCUCCAACUGUUCUUCAAGCCCCAUGCGCCCCUAAAUGCUUCAAGUUCGCCGUUUGCACAGAUGCUGAGGGUGUAUGCAACGUCCAAAGUGGUCUCUGCACCGAAUGCUCGCACAUUCUAUUCAUACGAGUUCAAUGAGUCCUUUGUAAACUUCAUGAAGCUGCACCGAUUAGUGCUACCAUGCAAGGCGACGCCGAACAGCGAAGAGUUGAACAAUUUUACCAAAUUCCUGUUGCAUCUGAACAAGAUCCUUACCAUGAUUACGGUGAACAGAUAUGUCAAGCUGGCAUUCAAGAGGAUGCACAAUAAGGUGAAGUUCACUAUACCGUCGGAGUGGACGCUUCCAAGCGUGCCUCUGGAAAACGUUUCCAUCUACCCAUUGAUACCGGUAUUCGUAUAUGCAGUGUUACAACCAUACUUCAGCAACGCUGUAAAUAUGGCAGCAUCCCAUGGAUACGACAUCGAUGAUGAAGCAGUAGUGUCUAACUUCAAAACUGCCGCGCAAUUUUUUGAUUACAUUGCGAAUCCUAAUCUUCGAAUGGAACCGAAUCCGUCUCCUGAAGUCAACCGUAUGACUAUGGCGAUGUAUCGCAACGUCUCAAACCUGCUGUUGGAGUACGUCAAGACGUUGUUGACUGUUGAGGACACGUUCAACAUUGACAUCACAAUGGAAACCUUCAAGAGCCAGUUUGACCUCGAAAAAAUCAGCAUUGAAGUGCCAGGCUGGACGAUUGCGCAAUUUGUAAACUGCUGCGCAGCCAAGACGAAAUAUCUCAACAUUUCGGCACAUGAUACGCUCUGCAAAAUUUUGGAGGGUAUGAUGCCUAAGGGAAACAAUACGAAUAUUAACAAUAUAUUCGGGGAAGAAAUAAUCGGAAAACUGAGCCACCACAAGAUAUUUACUUCAAUAGAAGUCGAACACAGAUUUUUGAUGCACGACAAGAAUAUGUCAAUAUGCAAGUUCUCAGGCGUUUUCCUGCCGCAGAGACUGGCAUACCGACAGACGACGUGUUCAGAGGACUGCAUUAAACUCAUGUCACUCAUCAUACGAUAUCGGCCCCUUGGAAAGUACGAUCCGCCGCGCAUCAUACAAAAUGCACUCACAGAAUUGGAGCAAAUAGACAUGGCCCCAGGCGGAUUCGGCAAACUAGCUCUCGAGAUGGAUAGAUUGGCCGAUCACUAUAUUAAUCUGGGCAUGCCGAACCACGCCGCAGCUAGCCGGGCGCGAUACGCAUACGAGCAACUCAUGAAACUGGACGACAGCGGCGUCACACCGUGUGGAUUGGCUGAAACAAUUCUUAAAAAGGUUUUAGAAAGGCAGGAACAGCGUAACUAUCUCUUACGCGUGUACAAACGGCAGCGAGAAAUUGAGGUAUGCAGAAUCAAUUUCGACGCUGCUUUUCGAGAGAGAUGUCAGUACCUUGCACGUUGUAUCGAGCAUGCCACUAAAGCAUACGUCGAACCGUCCAUACUCAACGCCGCUUGUGUUAACAGGGUCAAGUUACAUAGUACCAAACUCGUGAAACCUCCGCCAAAGUCGAACAUUGAUUAA